AUGUCUUUUCGCGCCGACGGCCAAGGGAGGUAUGGACAUGUCCCUCCCGUCCAAUAUCCUGUCAGCGGCAGGCCGCAGCCUACGGAUGAGAUGGCCGGACUUGGGAGGAGGCAGAGCUUCAACGACGGCGACGAUGCCGCGUACCACAAGAGCCCUCACGGCCGCAGCCCCUCCAACAUCGCGGAAGACGAGCUCUUCUUGACCAGCCGUCCAUCGACAAACACCAGGCCGGCUGCUGUCAACAACGUCCUGUCGGGUUACCAACACCAGUACCAGGACCCGACCCCUUCGACGUCUGCCUCGGCGUACAACCCCCAGAGCUUUGUUCACCAGCAGCAGCCCUCGGGCUCGUACGCUCAGGCUCCUCCUACCAGUCUCCCCAUCCGACAACCAUCUUCGCCUCACCAACAACACCCGCACCGCAUGUCCUUUACCUCCCCGCCUAACAGCUUUACCCCGCCCACGUACAACCCCGCCGCUUAUGUCGGUGCUACCUCGCCGCAGAGACAGCCUACGUAUCACGGCUACGGAGGCCCUUCUGCUGGCGUAUAUGGAUCCCCCACAUACACACAGUCACCGGCCGCAUCCUAUACUGCUUCUUUCCCCUCGCAAGCGUCCGCAUUGGCCGUCAAUACGGCCACGGGGCUCACGCACUCCGCCACCAGCCCAUCUCUCACCGGCAGCUUCAGCCCGAAUACCCCGAGUACAUAUGAUCCAUCCCAGUUUGCUGCUGAUCCGUAUCACGGUCGCAGCCCCAGUGGAAAUGGUGCCCCGUAUGGCCAGCUAUCCUAUCCGCCAUCUAAUUUUAUCCCCACUGGUCCCAACUACGCCGCCAAUGAUCCUGAUCCCGUGUAUAACCGGGAUGCCCGGUCUGGGUCACAAUCGUCACGGUUCACUCCAUCGCCCGCGUUGCCAUCCCAAGGCCUCCAGAGACAUCCGACGAAUGCACCACUUCCCAGGAGGCCCUCUGAGAUUACUACCUGGGAAGCACCGCCGGAGGACGACAACGGAAGUUUUGACGACCAGUAUCGCCUCAUGCAGGACAUAGUAGCUGAGCUGGGUGCGUAUGCGCCGCGUGAUACGCAUGCGGCUGCACCGCCUUCUAAUGGCCAAUACACCGACCCCUACUCCAACGGCAUGGGAGACGCCGAUGACGACGACCCCGAGGGAACCGCUGGUGUUUUGGCCAUGAAGCAGGCUGAGCUAGAUGACCGCCGCUUCAGUGGAACAACAUUCUCUACCCACGAAGCCCCUUCCAGUUCCAACACUCUCCCACCGGCUCCGGAGGAGCAGGAUGGAGACAGCAGCGAUAGCGAUCUGGGUGGUAUGGUUGACCUAGGCAUGCUCAGCGGAGGCCAUGCUGGCAACAUUGUAUAUGGGACUGACGUCGGGUCAAUACCCGCAUCGCAAAGCGCUCCACGCCCAUUGCCGUCACCAGGCUAUCCAGCUCAGUCUUUCGACACCUAUGGCAACGCGUCCACCUAUAACGACGCCCAGAUGGACUAUGGCGAUACUGGUGGCCUGCAGACACCCAUGGCCCACCGCUUGAGUUUCGAUGAGGGCGACGAGAAUGGUUCGCUAUCGGAACACAGGAUUGGGGCUGAAUCACCUCCCAAGGACGAGUACGAAGACCUCUUCUAUCACCCAGGACUCUCCAGCCGGCCACUUCCCGCAGUCCCCCCUGGCCCCGAGCCUCCUGGCUCCGACAGCAGCUCUCUGCUCUCGGUUGGCACCGGCAGUCAGGGCCAGUUGCGGCACAACUACUCAAACAGCACCGGCUCAAGAUAUCAACUUCCAGAGAACCCAGAAAACUUCUACGCCGGCGUCCACACUCGAUAUCCAGAGCGUUCCCUCUCCGCCUCAGGGCAGAGCAGCACGCCCCCUGUAUUUGCCCCAGCCAGGUCGAGGACGGAUGCGACGGAAGAGCGCAAGAAGGCCAACCGCAUGCACCAAUUUGGUGACAAGUCCAUCGACGUGACACUUUCCGAGUAUAUAUCCGGCGGUUCCGAUGAUGCACCUGUGGGUGGCUUUGAUAGCAUCACUCUGCCGAGCGGAAGGAAGAGGAGAUUCGUCCCAUCCAAGCUCAGCUCGGGCGACUUUCGGCGCUGUACCGAGCCUUGGGCCCUGAGCGGCAUCGAAACCUGGAUACGCGACAUGGCCGACGGCGAGAUCGACCUGAGGGAGAAGACCGUCGAGGAGGCUCUGGUCCAACUCUUCACCUUUAAGGUCCCGACAAUGAAUGUCGCCGACGCCGAGACCCUGAGCACCCAUGUCGUCACUCUCAUGCUCGAAUCCAACCUGCUAUUGCCCGAGGAGGAAUGGGUCAAGUUCGGCACCGGCCACAUCUCUGGAGUAUUGUGGCAGAUGACUGGUCUGGGCUGCUAUGCCCCGAAGCUUCACGAGCAAGACUCGAGCGGGCGUUGUUACUCGUACCACUGCACGCGUACUGUUAAGAAGGUUGAUCUGGAUGACCUCGAUCCCGAAAAGGCCAAGACGAUUGACUGGCAUGUAUUUUACGGCCUCACAAAGGAAGAUCUGGAGAGCAAGCCCAAAAAGGAGGUAGAGCGCCAAAACAUUCUCCAUGAAAUCGUCACGGGAGAAGAGACAUACAUCAAGCAGCUCGAUCUCUUCCGGACCCUGUAUCGAGAUGACUUGCGCGCGAGGCAGCCACCGAUACUCAAACCGGAUAGGCUUGAUAAGUUCUUGUCUUCUGUGUUUGGGAAGCUUGACAUUGUUCUCAGUAUCAACAAGGACAAUCUUUUGGCACAGCUCAAGUACCGACAGCAAGAACAGGGUCCCUGGAUCACCGGAUUCAGCGACAUCUUCAGAGAGUGGAUCCGCAAGGCAAAGGCAGACUACAUUGAGUACGCCACAGGCUACCCUCGCGCCCAGUACAUGGUUCGUAAGGAGGCAGAGAGGAACAUGGUCUUCAAGCACUUCCUCGAGGAGAAGCAGAAGCACAAGUCCAUGUCCAAGCAGGACUGGACCCAUUUCCUCAUCACACCUCUGCAGCGCCUGCAGCGUUACAUUCUUCUUCUGGAAAGCAUUGACAAGAAGACGGUGGGUGACUCGGAGGAGAGGAUAAACCUUCAGAAGGCAAUCGCCGAGAUCAAGGUAGUCACACUCGAGUGCGACUCCAAGGUCGAUGAGACGAACAAGAGAGUGCAGAUGAUGGAGUUGGAUCGCAUGCUGAUUCUGCGCCCGGGCUUUCACUCGAGGCUGAACCUGGACCACCUGGGACGUCAACUGCUCAUGGAGGGUGAGCUGACCAGGCUGGGCUCCAAGGGAGUUAGAUGGGUUGAUGUGCACGCCUUACUGUUCGACCAUUACCUGAUCAUAGCCAAGGCAGUGUCCAGCAGGGAUGGCCGCGACAAGAAGUACGACGUGUCAAAAGAGCCCAUUCCGAUGCCACUCCUUUUCCUCGAGAGUACCAACGAUGAGCCUAUCCAGCGCCAAAAGGGAAUCGCGACUCCCCUAGGGCGGUCCACGGCGGCACCCUCAGCUUCUACCUCCCAGCUCAAUAAGCUCUCCGCCACAACAGGCGGCAAGCCUGGGUUGGAGCAUACGCCAACAUCCUCUUCGCUCAACUCAACGCUCUCGGCUCCGGUUCCAAACGAGUCGGAUGGCAAGAUCCUCUAUCCCUUCAAGGUGAAGCAUCUAGGUCACGAAGUCUAUGUGCUCUACGCUUCUUCGGCCCGGGACCGUAUGGAUUGGUGCAACAUGAUUAUGGAGGCCAAGACGAACCACGCCAAGGCUCUCCACUCGCAGAAUGCCGAGCCAUUCCGUCUCCGGGUCCUCGCCGACGCGGCCUUCCACUACGAGAUGUCUUCUGCCUACUCGAAGUCAACUGUCGUCCCCGUCAGGGGCACCCCGCUAGACCGGGCCAUUUGCGACCUGGAGAGCGUCUUGGGGCCUGCUCAGGGAAUAGCACCUGUCUGCCGGUCACACGUGAACUGCGCCACGGGCUUCUCGGCCUUUGGCAAGUCCCUAAUCGCUAUCGGAACUGACUUUGGCGUGUACAUCUCGGACCCUGCCAACCCGCGCGGAUGGACCCGGACGAUCUCAGCGGUACGUGUGACGCAGAUCGCCGUCCUCGAAGAGUUCUCAGUCUGUCUCGUCAUCUCAGACCGGGCACUCAUCUCUUACCCCCUCGACGUGGUGGCCCCCGUGUCCGACUUUGCGCCGCCUCUCAAUGACAACCCACGCAGGGCUCCACAGCGACUGGCGAAGGAUGUGACGUACUUCGCGACAGCCCGCAUGAAGGAGCGCACCCUCAUAUUCUACAAGAGGAAGGAAAGCCUGCACACGACGUUCAAGGUGCUGGAGCCGAUCUACCACAAGGCGACAGAGAAGAAGCGCUUCUUUGGCGGGCGCAAGAGCGCUCCCGGGAGCACCGAGUCGUACCGCGACUUUGAUGAGUUCUUCUUCCCCACCGAGUGCUACUCGCUCAACGUGUUCCAGACGUACAUUGCGGUGUCGACGUCCAAGGGCGUCGAGAUGCUCACCCUGGACAAGAAGCAGCCCCUGUCGAUCCCGGACCUCAAGGCGCCGGCCAUUGCCAACAUUGCAGGGCGCGUCCGCGACCAGAAGCCUCUGGGCAUGUUCCGUCUCAACGAGAACGAGUUUAUCCUGACGUACGAGGACUGCGCCGUCUACGUCGACAAGCACGGUGACGUCAGCCGCACCCUCAUCAUGGAGUAUACGGGCAAGCAGAAGAAGGCCAAGGGCGCGACAAUGUACGGCCAGUACCUCUUGCUCUUCAACGACGACUAUGUCGAGGUGCGCAACGCCGAGAAUGGCCGGCUCCGCCAGAUCAUUGCCGGACGCGACGUCCGCGUCAUCGACUAUGGUAUCAGGGGCCCUACGGGUGGUAACGCGGCUGCCUGGGAGCACCUCCAGGGUCAUGAUGGCCACCUUCCAAACGUCGGUGAUGCCUCAAAGGGCACCGUCAAAAUUGCCAUGUGCCAUCCUGAGAUUGCUGGUCGACAGAUCGUCUUGGAGAUACUCCUUAACGACGGUCACAGCGAGAGUUAG